CGUGGUUGUUAUAAUCAUAGUCGUGGUUGUUAAGGUACGUGUACACUGUAGAUUAAAAUCUAGCUAGACUUGGCUUUCUCUAGCGAGACUAAUCUAAAGUGUGUGUACACUACACCAAAAUUUGCUCUCUCUAGAGCUUUGAUAGAGUGGUACUAGAUUAAAUCUAGCGAAAUUGCUCUACCGUUUGUGUACACUGGAGUGUGUUUGACGAGGAAGUCUCAGUCAGACUUGAGAUUUGUGUGUGGUGAGAUGUCACAAUCAAGGCGCCUAGUUGCUGCAGCUGCGACAUUAGUUAUAAUGAAGGAUUUGAAGAAAAAGAAGAGAAAGAAAAAUGUGUGGGUCAGAAAAUGGAUAGCCAGAAGAAAUGAAGAGGGAGCACAUGCAAAACUGUUAAGAGAAUUGCUUGAUGAGGAUGCAGUAAUCUAUAAGAACUUUCUACGUAUGUGUCCUGAAGAUUAUGAUUAUUUACUGUAAAAAGUGACCCCUAAAAUUAAAAGACAAGAUACUCAUCUCAGAAAAGCAAUCACCCCUUCAGAAAGGCUAAUGCUUACACUUCGAUUUCUAACAUCUGGGGACAGUUACCACUCACUGAUGUACACGUUCCGCAUACCAGUAACAAUUAUUUCGAAAAUAAUCCCCGAGGGUUGUAAGGCACUAUACGAAGUUCUGAAAGAAGAUUAUCUUAAGAUUCCCAGUUCGAAUGAAGAAUGGAACAAAGUGGCCCAAGAUUUUGAAUUGAAAUGGCAGUUUCCUAAUUGCAUAGGAGCACUCGAUGACAAACAUGUCGUCAUGAAACAGCCACAAAACAGCGAAAGCUUAUACUUCAUUUACAAGGGUACCAACAGCAUUGUGCUAUUGGCAUUGGUUGAUGCAAAUUAUAAAUUCAUGUACAUUGAUGUCGGUUGCAAUGGGUGAAUAUCUGACGGAGGAAUAUUUAUAAAUUGCUCAUUAUCAACAGCUUUAGAGGACAAUCUUUUGAAUAUACCAAUUGGACGACGGCUAGAUUACACGGAUAACGAUGACCCUGUACCAUUCGUUGUUGCUGACGAUGCGUUGCAUUGAAGUCAUACCUCAUGAAACCGUUUCCUUUCACAAAUCAACCUGCUCCAAAUCGCAUUUAUAACUACAGAUUAUCCAGAGCACGCCGAGUAGUGGAAAACGCAUUUGGAUUGGUAUCUGCCCGAUUCCGCAUCAUAAGACGGCCGAUGGAGGUGGCCCUAGAAAGAGUGAAGCAAAUUGUAUUAUCCAUAUGUGCUCUACACAAUUUUUUAUUCCCUCGAAAUAACUCAGCCCGUGUUUAUGCUCCCUCUGGAAUGUUCGAUAAGGAAGAUGAUGGAAUUUGUACUGCAGGAAGUUGGAGACAAGACGGUUUGCCUGCCAGCACUUUGCAUUCCUUGCAACGUUCAGUUACUACUAAAAAGUCUACUAGGAUGGCUAAAGAUAUUCGUGAUCAGUUUAAACAGUAUUUCAUGACAGAAAAGGGUGAGGUUCCAUGGCAAUAUAAAUAUUUCUGAAUAAAUAGGCUGCAUGUGAAAUAUAAGUAAGUGUU